AGUGACGUUUGUAACUGUCAAAUUCGUGUUUUGCUGUUUGUUUUUCGUGGUGGUGAGGAAACGAUUUUGCAUCAAAAUGGUUGGCAAAUAAUUCCUUUGAGUAAAAAAAUCCGUGAAAUUUGUGGAAAGCAUUCAACAGAGAGAAAAAUGCAUCGUUCUUUUCGAGCCGAGACCCGGAGCAGGGCCAAAGAUGAUAUCAAAAAGGUGAUGAAUGUGAUAGAUCGAGUUCGACAUUGGGAGAAGAAAUGGGUAACCAUCGGAGAUACGACAAUGAAAAUAUACAAAUGGGUUCCGAUCACCGAACCCAAGAAAUCUAUGAAACACAGAGAAAACAAGGAGAAUUUGAGGAAGAAUAACGUUUUGGAUACGUCCAAUUCAAAUUCUAAUUUCAGUUUGGCAGAUGAUUCCAAUACAUGUUUCUCGACAGUGAGCGAUUCUCAAGGACCUACGGAUUUUUCAUCUUCUCACAUGACUUUCUCGGAAGAUUCCAAUUCACAGGGAAGUGAAAUGGUCUCCGUCAAGAGACUGAAGACAGAUUGAGACUGAAGGUUUUCCCAAUACCCUGAGGGUAUUCCUAAAAUAGUCACGUAUUCAAUUCGCCCACUGUGUAGGUGUAAAUGUUUUAUUUAAAACACUACCUUUGUAUUGUAUUAUUUAUGUAUAUAUUAUUUGUAAGUUAUUAGUGUAUGGAAUUUAAAAUAUAGUAUUUUAAGUUGAAAUCAUCAAAAACAUUUUUAUUCUAUUUCAUUAAUUUAUAUUAUAUCUGC